CAUGCCUACCGCACUAAACAUCUCCUUCCUUGACGCAGGUCUGGGCCACUCUGCUGAACUGGCAUUUGCUGUGGAACCUAGCGAUGAUGUUGGGGUCCGGGGGCAGCCCAUAGUGCUGGGCUGUAAAGUGGACGGGACCCCUCCGGUGAGAGUCACCUGGAGGAAGAAUGGUGCUGAGCUGCCAGACACCCCCCACACCACCCUGCUGGCCAACGGGUCCUUGCUGAUCCGUCACUUCAGGCCGGAGCAGGGAGGCAGUCCCGCAGACGAGGGCGACUAUGAAUGUGUGGCGCAGAACCGCUUCGGGUUGGUGGUCAGCCGGAAGGCUCGAAUCCAGGCUGCAACCAUGUCUGACUUCCAUGUGCACCCCCAGGCCACCGUGGGCGAGGAGGGGGGCGUGGCCCGCUUCCAGUGCCAAAUCCACGGGCUUCCCAAGCCCCUGAUCAUGUGGGAGAAGAACAGAGUCCCCAUCGACACGGACAAUGAAAGGUACACCUUGCUACCCAAGGGGGUCCUGCAGAUCACAGGACUUCGGGCGGAGGACAGCGGGGUCUUCCACUGUGUGGCCUCAAACGUAGCCAGUGUCCGGGUCAGCCACGGGGCCAGGCUCACCGUGUCAGGCUCAGGCUCUGGGGCCUACAAGGAGCCCAUGAUUCUCGUGGGGCCUGAGAACCUCACCCUCACCGUGCACCAGACUGCUGUGCUCGAGUGUGUCGCCACGGGCAACCCGCGCCCCAUUGUGUCCUGGAGCCGCCUGGAUGGCCGCCCUAUCGGGGUGGAGGGCAUCCAGGUGCUGGGCACAGGAAACCUCAUCAUCUCAGAUGUGUCGGUCCAGCACUCGGGCAUCUACGUCUGUGCCGCCAACAGGCCUGGCACCCGGGUGCGGAGGACAGCACAGGGCCGGCUGGUCGUGCAAGCACCAGCUGAGUUUGUGCAGCAUCCGCAGUCCAUAUCCAGGCCGGCGGGGACCACUGCCAUGUUCACCUGCCAGGCCCAGGGCGAGCCGCCCCCGCACGUCACGUGGUUGAAGAACGGGCAGGUGCUGGGGGCCGGCGGCCACGUCAGGCUCAAGAACAAUAACAGCACGCUGACCAUUUCUGGAAUCGGUCCGGAAGACGAGGCCAUCUACCAAUGCGUGGCCGAGAACAGCGCGGGCUCCUCUCAGGCCAGUGCCAGGCUGACCGUGCUGUGGGCAGAGGGGCUGCCCGGGCCUCCUCGCAACGUCCGGGCCGUCUCCGUGUCGUCCACUGAGGUCCGGGUGUCCUGGAGCGAGCCACUGGCCAACACCAAGGAGAUCAUCGGCUACGUCCUGCACAUCAGGAAGGCUGCCGACCCUCCGGAGCUGGAGUAUCAGGAGGCAGUGAGCAAGAGCACCUUCCAGCACUUGGUGAGCGACCUGGAGCCUUCCACCGCCUACAGCUUCUACAUCAAGGCCUACACGCCCAGGGGGGCCAGCCUGGCCUCCGUCCCCACCCUGGUCAGCACCCUGGGGGAAGCCCCCGCGCCGCCCCCGUGGUCCGUGCGUGUGCUGAACGGCAACUCCUUGCAGCUGCUUUGGGAGCCCUGGCCCAGGCUGGCCCACCACGAGGGCGGCUUUAAACUGUUCUACCGGCCGGCCAGGGGGGGCUCCUUUACCGGCCCCAUCCUGCUGCCCGGGACGGCCUCCUCGUACAACCUCAGCCAGCUGGACCCCAGCACGGUGUACGAGGUGAAACUGCUCGCCUACAACCAGCACGGGGAGGGCAACGCCACCGUCCGCUUCGUGUCCUUGAGAGGAGCGGCUGAGAGGACAGCCCUGAGCCCGCCGUGCGACUGCCGGAAGGAAGAAGCCGCCAACCAGACGUCCACCACGGGCAUCGUCAUUGGCAUUCACAUCGGGGUCACCUGCAUCAUUUUCUGUGUCCUCUUCCUCCUGUUCGGCCAGAGGGGCAGGGUCCUCUUGUGUAAGGACGUGGAAAACCAGCUCUCUCCUGCCCAAGGUCCCCGCGGCCAGAGGGACCUGGCCCUGAAUGGGGUGCACCCCGGGGAGCGGGGUCCGCUGGGCUGCGACGAGAAGCUGGUGGAAGCCAAGGAGCUGGAGCAGCUGUUCCCGGCGGCCUGCCCGCAGCCUGCGGAUCCUGCGGCCCCCGCCUCGUGUGAGGAGCCCCAGUUCUGUGUGGGGCCUCUUGGCAGCUUCAGCCUUGUGGACGGGAGGGCGACCGAGGCCCCGCCGCCCUGCGCCGGCCCCGAGGCCGCCCCGUCACCUCAGGACGCGGGCCCGGGCCUGCAACAUGAAGGACAGACGGCUGGCCUUCCCCAGUGCUAACCGGCCAGCCACCUCCCUGGGGCCAGUAGCCCCCCACCUUUCUCAGGUCCAGGGUGACACGUCUCCCAUUACGUGGGCUCAGAUGGUCCUGCCUUGCCCAGCUUCUCCGGCCUGACGGAAGGACAGGGUUCCAGAGACCCUCAGAGCCAGAAAAGGGGCGGGGGAGGGGGUCCUCCCGGAUGCCCUCCCCCCCCCCCCCACGGCCCCCAACCCACCCAACUUGGAACUGAAUGUUUUCCUCUCCAACUCCAAACUUAGGCUCCACAUGAGAGAGCAAGAAGAAGAAGAGAGGAAGGCGAGUUAAGUCUCCAAAGCUCGGCCCCUGCCAUGGCUGGGCGCCCCCCCCCCCGCCCCCCCUUCCCCGCCACUGUCCGUGUCCCCACUUUGUUUCUCAGGAUGGAUUGAUUGUUGCUGUCUAGCUUUGCGCACCUACCUCAGCCGGAAUGAAUGUCUUGGGGGGGGGGCGGGGAAGGGGGCUGUGGUCUCAGUCCUCUGAACCCCCCUCCACCCCCUCCCCGGAGCCUGAAUGCACUCCUACCUCAAGCCCCUUUAUGGGUGCCCCUUCCC